AUGAACAUGUUCGCAAGAAGCUACGUCUACUGGCCAACACUGGAUACCGACAUCGAACGACUUUUCAGGAAUUGUAGCAAAUGCGCUUCAGUGGCAAAGAAUCCCGUCAAAGGCGAACUAUAUUCCUGGCCAAAACCAACCUCUCCAUGGAUCUGUGUGCACGCUGACUUUGCUGGACCCAUGAAUGGACGAUUCUACCUGAUACUUGUGAAUGCAUAUUCCAAAUGGCCUGAAAUCGUCCAGAUGUCAUCGAUAUCUUCUACGUCUACUAUCCAAGUGUUNAAGGGCAUUUUCGCAAGAUUCGGGAACCCUACGACUAUUGUCACGGACAACUGGACGCAGUUUACAUCUUCGCAGUUCGCCCUGUUCUGCCGUUCCCGAGGAAUCACGCACAUUCGCGCAUCGCCGUUCCAUCCACAGAGCAAUGGACAGGCUGAACGCUUUGUGGAUACCUUCAAACGGGGACUCGACAAAUUGAAGGGGAGGAACCGACAGUUGACGCUCUCCAGGCGUUUCUGA